CGCAGAUAGGGGGCACGUGGAGUUGUGACGAUGAGGGUUGACAACUACCACUAGUGACGUAUAGUAGUAAUAGUACUAGUGUGACUUAGCUUCUAUUACCCUCUACUGCCGCGUCGUAGAGGAUGUUCCAACCCUUGCAUCCAGAUAAUCCUUCAAGCAAAUUCACGCCUCGAGAAAUGUCUCAAAAGCUUUCCCAGGAGAUUGCUUCUCUACCUUGCGACACGCAAAAAGACUUGCUUGCAUGCUUGGAACGAGUUAGGGAUGUGUUGGAAGAUAAAUCGGCAGAGGAAGAAAUGGUAGACGAUCCCGCCGAAGUUGUCGUUGACAGGCUUGCUGUCUCACUUGACUGGACGCUGAUCACGGCCGUGGUUUUCGUUAUACUUGGCACGUCGUACUUGGGGUCACCAGCUUUCACAACGUUUGGAAAUUCAACCACUCAUGAACUUCUUCUAAAAUUGACUCAAAUCACGAACGAUACCGCAAUGAACGACGCAUUCCUCGCGCUGUUGGCACAAACGCCUUCGCAUGAAUCCCCUCAUUACGUGCUCUCCCGGAUGAUCGUACAUACCAGCAUCGUAUCAAGCUACUUCGUUGCAUUCGUCAUAGGUGUGGGGAAACUCCGUACAGGCCGCCACGGGCUCCAACUUAACAUGCCAUCUCAUCGCAAGCAUCGUAGCCUGCUGGGGUCUAAUAAAUAUUUACCUGGGUCCUCGCAAUUCACACCGAUGUGGUUCAUGGUAGCUCUCACACGAUUGCCAUAUGCCUUCGCAUUGGCCCAACUUGUGUUUUGCAUGGCAAUCAUCGUCACGCACUCUCUCGCGUUGUAACCCCCCUCCCUUUUUUCUUUCAUCGAAAUCAUCCGUCCAGAUUCUCAAAUCGUCCUCAGCUGAACCUACAACCGAUCAUCUCGGUUUGCAACUCCUCGUUCAAGCAUGCC